CGUGUACGACAAUUUACUCUGUGUAUAAUCGCGACAAAGUGCGACGUUCGGAGCUUAUCUCUGAACAUCAUUUUUUUUUACAACCUUUUUCCAACCCCGAUCAAAAUGGGUACCAAAAGUUUAGUUUGUUUAUGCUUAGUAGUUUCGUGCGGCGUUUUCGCCGAUCCCAUACCUCAAAAGCCCGCCACAAAUGACUGCCUGCAAAAGGACUCGAUCAGCUGCUUGCAAAUGCAGACUUACAGAUCGCUCAGGUCGUUCUUCAGUCAAGACAACAUCGAAUUAUUCGGCGGACUUUCGUUGGUCAAGAACAGCGAACCGAAAACAGGCAGAUCUUUGGAUAGCAAAGACUCCGAUGUCGAGAUCACCGAAACCAACGAUGUCGAAAAACGUGAAAAUUUACUCGAAGAUUUCGCCUUACACAAGGUAAUGAACUUCUUCCAAGAAAGAUCACUCAGAUGGAAUUUAUCUCCGGUUGUUAACGAAGUCUCCGAAACCGCCAGGAGCGUAGUUGACAGCAUUCCAUCCGACAUGAAAGGAAAAAUCUCAGAAUUCAUCGAAGAAGGUAGAGGCAAAAAGAAAAAGCUCAUGAAAGUUCUCGGACCACUAUUGAUCGGUUUAAAAAUGAAACUCGCCGCUUUCGCCGCCAUUGCUUACGUCGUGAUCGCCUUAAUCGCUAAGAAAGCUUUACUCGCCAGUUUACUAUCCUUACUCAUCUCAGGUUUCAUCGCCAUCAAAAAAUUAUUAUCUCAACAACACUCUCAUCACGAAGUGGUUGAACAUCAUCCUCACGGAUGGAGCGGUUCUGGAUACAGCAGCGGUGGCUGGGAUAGCUACGGAGGUGGCGGUGGCGGACACGGAGACAUCCACGGAUCGUACUCCAAUAAUGUUGCUCACACGCUCGCAUACAGCGGCCAAAAAGCUAGCAGAAGGAGGUGAAAAUAGAACGCGUUGAAAAUUUGAACGGAACUGAAUAAACACGCUAUAAGAAUUGCCAAACAGACUGUAUUCUUUACUUUAUAAUAUAAUAAUUUAUUUAUUAUAUUCUUAAGAGAUUUUUUUUACAAUUGAAAACUUUCCACGUUAAUUUAUUAUAAAGAGAAUGAAAAUUUCGACGAAUACUUUCAGUUAUAGAUAUUAAGGCAGCGUUUUUUUUUUUUUUCAUUUUUAAAAAUUAAUAAACUAGUCGACCCAGAAGCGACAUAACAUGAUUGAAUUAUUAUGUUGUAAUGGUUUUGUAAUAACGUUUAAAAUAUUAUAUUGUAUGUACCAUGACACUGAAUAAAGAAACAUCUUUUCUUUUUUUUAUGUACGUACAAAAAAAAUUACAUAUCGAUGCGUUUUUUUCGUUAA